AUGCAAGCGAGUACCUCGAACGGAUACGCGAAAUAUCAGAUCAGAUCGUCAGGGAUCGGUCGGGUGCUUGCCGAGGAGAGUACGGUAUUUACGAUUGAAGACCAUGAAGAAGGGGAAGGGAAUACCGUAGGAAGAGGAGGGCAGAUGCAGCAACCCGACGAAAAUGAGAAAAGCCGAUUAGUGGAUUGCCCACUGGAUAGCGACGAAGAAGCCGAUGAUGAGGAUUCGCACACUAAUGGAAUGACCACCAAGGGUCCUCGAUCUCCACUCCGCCCUGAACUCCUUGCCGACGACCGGAAUCGAGCUGGAAAACCGCAGCAGAGAGGCGGUUCUGAGAAGGAAUUGUCCCGGUUGACAGACGAAUUCGACGUGGAGGGGGAUUCUGCUUCGGAUGAGCUCGAUCUUCUGCCACCGCUUGGUGCUCCUCCUCAUAACGCCUCGAAGUUGUGGAAAUUCUUUGGGUGCUGCCGCUCGCGGGUGCCGAUGAAAUGUACCAUUUUG